AUGGCGAUUCCCUCUACCUUUGAUGCAGUGAAGCUGCACCUCGCUCAAGUCCAGGAAAGUCCAUCCACGGCCUUGGACAUCUCACUCAUCGAGAAACUGAAGUUACAGUUAGUGGAAUCGACAGACCUUGUGGUUCCUGCGACUCUAUUGUCGCAAAUCUCUGCGCUCCUUCCUGUUUUACAAGAAGAUCCUACACCGAUCACAACACUUGGGAUUCAAGCGACCUCGUACUUCAGCUUUACUGACCUCCAAUCUAUCGACCCUCCUCUUAAUUUAAUCGCUGGCUUCAAGGCCCCUUCGCCGCCAAUCAAUCUUCUUGCUCUAUCAUUGCUGGCUAAGGCUGGACAAAAGUCCAGUGAAGCUGCGAUCGUUGCUGGUGAUUCAGAUCUAGUGUCUGCACUGGUGGAGCUAUGGCUCUCAACUUCUUCAACUGAAGUCGCGCAAGCUGCACUCGACACACUAUGGGCGCUUCUGGAGAUUGAUGUUGCAAACAAUCUGGAAGUUGGAGAAUAUGAGCACACUGGGGAAGAAUUACAUGCGGGACAAGGCCUUGUGUGGAGGAGAGUCUUCACCGAUAAAGAUGUUUACGGUCUAUUGUUCGGGCUAUGUAGCCUCCGGAGUGAUGCUCCCGGUGAUCUUUCCAAGCGAGAGAGAACCCUCGCACAGGGCAGAUUGAUGGCCCUCCUAGUGAAGGCCGGGAAGCUACGCUGGGACAUCAUCUCAACAACACAAGUGCCGGAAAUCGAGACCAAAUACCAGAGCAGCAGUCUUCUCCAUUUUGCGACUAGUCAGAUGAUCCAAGAGAGCGAUGUCCUAAUGCAUAUGACACUGCUGAGCUUUUUGCGCGAGCUACUAGAGAUUGAUGGCCCGAGCCUUGUCGCCCGAAGCUCUGUGCAGUCUACUUCAACCUUUUCGUCCCCUGCUCUCGACUUCCUGGUCUCACACCAACUACACUCCAAAGUGCUGACUUACUAUCUCGAUGAGUCCAAACUGGACUCAGUUGAUCUUCUCUAUCUAUCCGGCCCCAUCAUGGCAUAUGUGGCUCGGUAUGCUGAGCUGUAUCCUAAUCACUUGUUGCAAAACCCCGCUACGGUUCUUGACGGGAUUAUCUCUCGCAUCAACAGAUCGCUCGCCAUCAGUACUACACAAUGGGCACACGGAGAAGUACCCACGGGCCAUCUAGCUGUUCUAGCUUCACUUCCCCGAGUGCUCCUUGUAGAAGCGGGAAAACACGGUGCAAACCCCGUUCUCGCCAUUCCGACCAACCCUCCAAACGGCGAGGCUUUGGAUGUUCUGGCGAAGAUUUUCCACGGUCCCUGGCGGAGUGAGAUCCCUGACUCUAUGGAAUUGAACACAUCUGGUCAAACCCCAACCGACUGGGAUCGCGAAGCAGCUGCAGCACGUAUUCUUUACUUCCUUUAUCUCAACCGACACCCCACUUUCUGGGACGGCGUUGUGGGAGCGGCCGAUGUCUUAGUGAUGAAAGAGAUCGCAUUGUCAGCCAUCAAUUUUAUGAGGGCUAUCGCUACAGCAAACUGGAAGCCCUCACCUUCAGCAUCCGUUAACAUCGGCUCAUCUCGGUUCCAGCUGCCCUCUGAAGAGGGGUUGGGUCAGCUAUCCCCAGCUGCGAGUGGAUUUUUCCCCACCUCAGGAGCAUGGGCAGUUCUCACUCCACCAGCGCUAACUACUCUUCUCCCGUAUCUCUUCAAGCCACCUCGCUCCUAUGCAGACUUUGUCGGAGGCGGUGCAGGUGAUUCUCAAAACGUUGUUUGGAAAGUCGCCACUGCCAAACACGAUGUUCUCGUAGCAUUGCACCGCCGGUUACAAGAAACUGGCGGUGAAGUGGAAGGAUUUGAAGACAUCAUGCAAACGCUGCAACAGCGUGUGAACGAAGGUCCCUGGGGCCCCGUGCAGUCGGGCGCAACCCAGGUGGUAACUGCUGGGCUAUGA